CUGAAUAUCACUUUGGAAAUGGACAUGCUUUACUGGAAUUAUCGGAAAAGUUUCAUCUUACACGGGAAAAUGUGUUACAUGUUUGAAGAAAUAACUUGAAAUCGGCCAUUUUGAUUGCGUUGCCUUCGCUCAUAGUUCUAGCGAGUGACGUGAACAUCUUAUGACAAAGUACUUUUCCUAUUCCACUGAGCCAUGGAGCAUGCUCAGAUCCAGAGCUCGGACGGUACGCAGGUGAUGACUAUCAACGGGCAGCAGCUGCAGGUGCUGCAGAUGAACAAUGCCGGCCCGCACAUGAUCCAGGGGCCCAAUGGGCAGCAGAUUGUGGUCCACGCUAUACCAACCACGGCACAAACUAUUCAGAUGACAACGCCCAAUGGACAGCAACUCCAGCAAUUACAAGUGUUGCCUCUGUCCAGUCUUCAAGGCACAAGUAAUAACAUGCAGCCAAUGCAGCUGGUGCAAACAGCAGACGGACAAACAUUCAUCUACCAGCCAACUGCCAGCGCUCCGCAGCCUUCCAUAGACCAGCACCAGAUCAUCCAUCAACCUGCUGUUAUCAACUUAAAUGGUAAUUUGGUGCAAGUAGCGAAUGUCGGCAACGCGGUGCAGCAGCAGCAAAUUGUCAACCAGCCCAAUAUUGUGAUGAUGGUAAACAACAACAACAACAACAGCAGCAGCACGGGAGCCAGCACGUCGUCGGCGCCGUCGGAGAGCUGCGCGUCGGACGAGGAGCCGCUGCUGUACGUGAACGCGCGCCAGUACAAGCGCAUCCUCAAGCGCCGCGCCGCGCGCGCCCGGCUGCACGAGCAGGGCAAGAUACCCAAGGAGAGGCCGAAAUAUCUACACGAGUCCAGGCACAGGCACGCAAUGAAUCGCAUACGCGGCGAGGGUGGCAGGUUCCACUCCGGCAGUAGGAAGUGUAGGAAUAUGGAGAUGGCGGAGCAGGGCUCGGAGGAGGAACAUAAGCCUCUGGAAGAUAUCAAACCGGAUACCGUGUCUAUCACCAUUAUUCAGGAUGAAGAGUCCCAAGAACGCCAGCGGAGUCACUGGCGGCGCCUCGCGCCACACCAACCCGUGCCUUCUGCGUAGCAGCCGACACACACACACACACACUGAGACUGAACUAGACCGAGCCGGUCGCUUACUUUAGUUACACGACGAACGUUUCAUGUUAGCGCACCAGGAGAACAUUUAUGGGGAAGACCGCUAUACCACCUAUUCAGUUGAUUGGUGAGUUAUGUUUUAUUACGGUUAACCUUUAGAACGCCCACGUCUAUCGUGUGCGACGCGUCAUCGUAAACCUUGUUGAAAUGCACGAAGGUUGUUAUUAGGCUGUAGCCACGUGCGUCAAUUGACGUUAGGAUUUACAUUUAUUUAUUUACAUUUACUCCAAGAGCACCUAAAUUGAUCACAAACAGUGCUCGCAGUGCCAAGAACGUUUAUAAGUGUUACGGCGUAUGUUGUCAAUGUAACCUACAUAUUUUCUCGUCAAGUUUAUAUUGGCCCACAUUUGCUCAUAAUGUUGGCGUGUGAGUGAGGACAUAAGGCAACACAAAUGGUUAAAGAUUUCGAAGAAGGUUAAAGAUAAAGGGCUAAGCUAGCCUAUUAGAAAACCACCGCGUAACUACACCAAUCGACUGAGAUACGUGAAAGGCGGUAAUUGUAGAUGGCGCUCUCGACGAUAGUUCCUUUUUAUGUAGGGACAGUCAAUUUUACAGAUGCCUUUCCCAUGGUUCGUGUAAAUGUUAAUUUAUUAGAAAUCAUACUGCUGCCAGGCUUUUUUUAUGUCAGCUACGUAAAUAAUAGGUAGUCAAACCAAAAUGUCAGUAAAUAAGAACAAAAAAAACUAUACAUCCUUUUCUUUUGGAUGCUAGUACUAGUGUAAGACAAAGAUAGUAUGAUUCUCUCUGUCUAUGUUUAAAAUGGGAAAGUCCUUCGACAAACUAUAUAACAUAAUAGACAAUAUAUAAUACCUAUAAAUUGAUGGGUAGAUAUGUGACCGCUUUUAAGAUAAGAGCAUCGAAGCGAGACAUAUAAUGAUAAUUAUGAUGCAUUUGCGUUUAGAGAGAUUAUAUGUGCGAUCUAGACUGAUUAAAAUCAUUUAUUUAGCAUCUUUAUUGUCAAAUUGUGACUCCUAUUAAUUUAAUUUGGGGUCGAUUUCAAGAUGACUCUAAAGAGUCUAAGGCAUAACUUCUAUAAGAAUGCAAUCAGAAAUUCACCCUUAUCGACAAUCUUUAGACUACUUUAGAGUAUUUAAGUAGCUGACAAAAUUAAUCAUGUUUUGUAAACUUAAGUACUGCGGAGCAAAGCUCCUUUUAGCAGUGAUAUACAUUUUAUGUUUUUGAAGACAUCGGGCCGUGUAAAGGCCUGACAUUGACAUUAAAUCUAAGUAUUGUUGAUUUUUAUUUACUGUUUAAAAAAUCCAUUAGUAUCAAUAGUUUAGGCAAUUAAAAUCGAAGUUUCUAGAUAUUAGCAUUAGAUAGAUUAAAAGCUUGGUGAUCUAAAUAAUUCUAAAAUUACUACAACACUGCCCAUAAAACAAUUAAAUGUGUAAUAGACGUGAAAUAAUAAUGAUAGCUCCAAAUUGGUUUACAAUAUUACCGCUUAGACUGUCUAUAUUAUUGGAUCUUAAUCCAUUAUAUGGGUGGAUCAACUAUUUCUUGUUAUUCUGUCCCGUCAGCCAAGUGACAAUAGUAAGAUAAUGUUAUAAAUACGUUAACUAUAAUAAGUAGAUGACCCAUUAUGGAAAUGGCUUAAAACCGCCAUAAAAAUGUAUGUUUGGUUAUUUUAAAUACAAUAAAACCAGGGUUUUAAGAGUGACCCAGGCAGUGUUGGCCGAAACGUUAAUGCAAUUAACCACUAACCAGUACAAGUUGAACCGUAAACUGUAACCGUCCGUUACGGUUUACGGUUCAAUUUGUACUGGUUAAUGGUUAAUUGCAAUUAACGUUCGGCCAACACUGGACCCAGGUGACAUUAACAAAAAGUUGAUUCACCCAUAUGCAACAUGCUUAUGAUUUCGCGUUUAAAGCGUUAACUACUAUACCAUAAUCAAUGUUAAACUAUGUAGUAAUGGCUAGAGUAGGUUGAUAAUUUUAAUAUUUUGACUAAUUCGUGGCAAGAUUAUGCCACAAUCAGCGUUUUAAACUAUCGUACAUGAGGCUUUUUUCGCAACACGUUUACGUUUCGUUGACGUUUGUUUUUAUUUUUAAAUAUUGCUGGCAAUUUACUGAUAUAUUACUUGAAAUUGUUAAAUUAUUGUUUUAAAAUUGAUUAUUAUUUAUGUUAUAUUUAAUAAACUUAAUGAUUUCUCAGCAAAGACUACAUCAAAUAUUGGUCAGCAGAUUUUGCGUUAGUUUGAUAUUUUUGCUGAUAAUGUUUUGUAAAAUAUGGGGAUCGGACUUAUAAUUAAAAAUAAUAUAUUAUUUUAGCCAACUACACAAUAAAACGAAUUUUCACUUUGCGCUUUUACCGAUUUUUAGUAGUAAUUGACAAUUAGCUCCAUGCAUGAAUUUAUUUUUAUUUUUCGAUUCAUAAUUUAUAUCGUUGGAACACCGGAAAUGAUAAAAAUACUUUUGUAAACCUUAACAUUAUUUUAUUAAAAAUAUUUAAAAUGUUGAAAAUUUUUGAGCGGUUGAAACGCUCAUAAUUUUUGGCGCGAAUUCGACAGAGCGUGAUGACGUCACACGUUGGGCGGCCCAACUAACGUUUGCUACUAAUGACACUAAUCUGUCGAACGCGUGACGUCACGUGGCGUUUCGAGCGUUUCGCUCACUAGCUUUUCGCGGGCAAAUUUUUGUACUUUUUAUUUAUAAUUUUAAGUAAUUAAAUGGUAAUUUAAAAACGGAAAUGCAUUAGUAACAUGAUAUAACGGUAACAAACAUCCGAAUAAAACGUAUUUCGUUCAAAUAUAAACUUCAUGCAUGAGGCUAAUUAUUAUAUAUUAUGUUGUAAUAAUAAAAGGCAAAUUCAAUUUGUGUAUUCAUAAAAGUUUCACAAGCUUUUGAUAAUCAUUUGCCUUAUCCAUCAUUUACAGAUUUGUCUGUUAGGGUGGUACUACACCUGUCCAAUUUCUUGGUCCAAUGUGUAUUGCGUCUCACAGUUUGCUUAAUGAGAGAGUGAGACGCAAUGACAUUGGACCAUUGGACAGGUGGAAUGCCAUCCUUAGAAAGGGACAGUUUAAUGAAUAAAGGGGUUUAAAAGUAACUGCCAGUCCGAUCCCCUACUUGGGCUAACCACGAGGUUCAAAUUUCACGCAAGCAAUCUUAUAUUGCUUGUUUUUUUGUUGAGCAUCACAAACAGUUUUAGAUAUAUGUACUUUAAAUAUAUAUUUCGAUGAAACAUUUUGUAAGCCGUACAUUUAGGAUACAGACGACGUAACGCCGUUUGGCGGUCACCAUAUUUUUAACUUCCAUUGUUUUUGUAUUUAUUAAUCCAGAUCUAGACUAUUGUAUUAGGGUAGAUCAACUUUUUGUUGUUAUUCUGUCCCGUCAGCCAGGCGACAAUAGUAACAUAGUUUGUUUGAAGAAACUACGUUCUAAAAGUGACCCAGGCGACCGGAACCUUACCAACGAGUGACAAGAAAAAGUUGAUUGAAGUAUGUACCUAUAAUAUGUACAUUUUGUGGCACGAUCCGCAUGAUUUGUCCAAUAGUUUUGCUGUAUCUUAAGUUAACAUAAACACAGGAAUAUUCACAAUGUUUGACAGAUACCCUACAAAAUGUAGUGCCAAUAUCACAAUUAACGGUAUCUUUGCAAUUUUUUGUACUUAUUUCGUUUAUAGCAAAUUAUAUCCAAAGAUAAUUUUUACAGACUUGUUGGUGUAACAUUAUUUUCGCCAUUGUAAAACUACUAUGUGCCUGAAAGCUGUCAAGUUUCUAUUUUUUCCUCUAUAUAUUCUGUUCGCACUCAUAAGGACCUGUUUCCACAUUGAUUUGUGUCAAUUGCGAGAUCAUACAUUUUAUUUACUAGUUGCAUUUAGUGGCAAAUAUAUGAACUUUCACAAAACACUAAUUAAUGUGUAAACAGGCCUUGAUAUAUUCUAUUUUUCGAACGGGAUAGAAGACGAAAUAAAGACGAUUCCUUUUCGGUUUUAUUGCAUAGUCAUUUGUAUGUAUGUAAAUAUGACUUUUUAUAUAUCUACAACUGAGUAUAAACGUAUUUUAGUGUUUUAUAUUGCAAUUAAACGAGUACAAAAUAUAAAAUGCACCAAAA